CAUUUGGCAGCAUAAUAAUCAUCGUUAUCCACUCGCACAAAUAAGCAUUUUGCUAAUUAAAAAAAAAAAAAUAUAUAACUAUUUAAGGCUAGCAGUGCCUAUCAUUCAUGCCCUCAUCCAGUGUUAACCCUCUGCCAGCGAUGCGGGCGCUUUGAACCCCCAUUCAAUGCAAUUUUCCUGCCAGAUGUUUACUCCAACGAUGACGUCAUGGCCACAUUCAAAUUUAUUUUUAAACGCCGCCACUCGAGAGCGUGUGUGUGUGUGUGUGAGACUGUCUGUGUAUUGUUUACUAUUCGUAUUUUUGUGUGUAUUCGUCGGAUUUGAUUAUGAUGAGUGGGCCGCUGUUGUGUUGGCGGCAAACCCAAUUCCAAUUGGAUGCUAGAACUUGUAACCCCUUUUGGAUUCCAAGGAAUGUGGGGAGUUUGAUAGUUACAUCUUAAUAUAUAUGGUUUAUAUACAAACUUUUCAAAUGGCGCUCCUGCUUGCAAUGAUUAGUUUAAUUACCCAAUAUAGCCAUUUAGCCAACCUAAAGCGAAUAUGAUAAUUAUACGAAGGUAUAUAUUUUAUAUAUAUAUAAACUGUCCCGAAACGAUAUAUCACCAAGUCAUCACAUCUGCAGCGUACCACGCUUGAUAUCCAACUGCCAUGCGACGCUCUCUGUAAUGAAAGCUAAACGUCCACGGAAUGCCAGAAAGCUUUUUGGCUGUGCAUUCAAAGGAAAUAUGAUUCAGACAGCGUCAACAGAGCCGGCAAGCGAUAAGUCUCAUUGUUUUGUCCAGUUUCUCACUUCACGCCCUGCCCUAAAGUCGUUUUUCUUUGCGCUCAAGCUAUAACCAUGAUGUACUCCAAGGCUGAAGUAGUCCAGGCAGCGAACAUGUCGCUGGGUGCAAUGCAUUGUACGCGAUGUGCCGACGGCUUCGAGCCGACUGAGAAGAUUGUCAACUCCAAUGGAGAACUCUGGCACACACAGUGCUUUGUAUGUGCCCAGUGCUUCCGACCCUUCCAGGAUGGCAUAUUCUAUGAGUUCGAGGGCCGCAAGUACUGUGAACGCGACUUUCACGUGCUUUUCGCUCCCUGCUGCAACAAGUGCGGCGAGUUCGUCAUCGGACGGGUCAUCAAGGCCAUGUCAGCUAGCUGGCAUCCACAGUGCUUCCGCUGCCAAUUGUGCGCCAAGGAGCUGGCUGAUUGCGGGUUCAUCAAGAACCAGAACCGCGCCUUGUGCCACGAGUGCAAUGCCAAGGUGAAGGCGGAGAUUACCGGCCGAUAUGUAUGCCAAAAAUGCCACGGCCUCAUCGACGAGGAGCCUUUGCGAUUCCGGGGCGAAGUGUACCACGGCUAUCACUUCAGUUGCACGGCCUGCGGCACAGAGUUGGAUUCCACUGCCCGGGAGGUCAAGAGCCGGCCAGGAUUGGCUGCUAACGAUAUGAACGAACUGUAUUGUCUGCGUUGUCACGAUAAAAUGGGCAUUCCCAUAUGUGGCGCCUGUCGUCGGCCGAUUGAGGAGCGGGUGGUAACGGCGCUCGGAAAGCACUGGCAUGUGGAACACUUCGUGUGCGCCAAGUGCGAGAAGCCCUUCCUGGGCCACCGACACUACGAGAAGCGGGGAUUGGCCUACUGCGAGACGCACUAUCAUCAGCUCUUUGGCAACCUGUGCUUCGUCUGCAACCAAGUUAUUGGAGGCGAUGUUUUCACUGCCUUAAACAAGGCCUGGUGUGUGCACCACUUUGCGUGCUCCGUGUGCGACACGAAGAUGACACAAAAAUCGAAAUUCUACGAGUACGACGAGAAGCCGGUGUGCAAAAAGUGCUAUGACCGAUUUCCAAACGAACUCAGACGACGUCUGCGCACCGCCCACGAGAUGACAAUGAAAAAGAACACCUAAUGCCUUGGAGCGAGUCUUAGAUCCACACCAAACAGUGCCUUUGUCGUUGUAGACCCGCUUUCACUACCGUUUUUAACAUUUGAGAAACUAAAACCAAACAAACUAAAACCUCUUGUGCAUGUCCUUUCCAUCUGUUGUAAUCCUGUUGUGUGUAAUUUCAAUUUUAAAUCGAGAAUCAACGGCAUCAAUAGCUAGGGAACAUAACAUAUUGUAUUAACAGCCUUUAACGUUGUUAUUUAAUUGAAUUUUAUUUAUAUAUAAAUGUUUUUAAAAUUAUAAAACGUAAUGCUUAUUCGCAAUAA